AUGUUACUACUUGGUCUUCAUCCGGUGGUUUCGGGGCAGGUACGCCUGGCUCGUUGGCUCUGUAAAGGCACCAAUAUACCUGUCUUGCAGUACUUGCUUGGCUUUCCUCGCAAACUCCUUGUGAUGUCUUUGGAUGAUACGUCCAUCUGGCAACCGCACCAAGAUGGUGUUGCUUGGUACCACCGUGUGGGGAGGCACAACGACAGCAGUGCCGAUCACGCAGUCGUCCCCGAUCACCACGCCAUCGCCUACUUCACACUUGGGUUCGAACCAAUUGUUGUUACCAAUGGAUUUGGCCUUGAUGAUACAUCCGCUCUCAAACAAGUUGUUGUCGCCAACAGUCAUGGACUCCGCCGUCGCUAG